AUGACCGCCCCGAGAGUUCCCAUGCAGGCCCAGAUAUCUCCUGGGAAGGGACUGGGCUUCAUCACGCUUGGUGCUUCCCUCCACAAUGUUUUAACUCGUGUAAAAUCACAUCCACACCUCUACCCCGCAGUCGAUCUUGCCUACUCCUCAUCCGAUCCCAUGCGGAAGCCAGUCAUUCUACAGCUUCCUUCGAAUGGCCUUCGCCUGCGAUUUGAUGGGCCCGAUCAAAGGUUACGGCUUAUUGAGGUGCUAGACUUCUCGAAAAUCACUUUGAUUUACAAAAACCAAGAAGUAAUGAAGGGCGUGAAACCACAAGAACAAGCCGUUUCGCAACAAGGUCCUAGUUUUCGUCAUAUCUACAAUCGCCUCUUCGGGCCCUCCUACCCGGGCGAAUAUACACCUCCAGGUGAUGGACAUUCACCAUAUGGGACAUAUGUGCUCUCAUAUCCGGGGGUUGCGUUCUCGUUCCCUCUACAGAACUCAGCAUGGUCAGAGCAAUGUGAUUUUGUAGCUCUGCUUUCUUCAUCGGCAGCUUUACCAGCGACAUCCAUGGCUAUAUUCCAGGGCGCCUCUUGGCCGGAGGCUAGGGAUAAGCUGUUCUCACAGCAGCCGCAAUAUCCUCGGUCUCCAGCACUAAGUGGCAAGAACCGUGAUCUCGUCUCGGAUGAGAUUGAAGAGUUCAUCAUCUUCGGCGCCGGCAAGAUGGAGGUAAUCCGCAGAUCUAGUGCUCCUACUAGUAUCACGCUGUCAGAGACGACUCCACAGGAUCUUAUUGCUGAGUUUGGACCACCUGAUGCUAUCUAUCGGAAGAAUGACCGGAGAAUAUCCAUUCACCGGGCAGCCGGUAAUAAUAGUGCAGCAGAUGCACUGCACAUGAGCCCUUCCCCAGGUAGGGGGAUCGAUGUCACUGACACGGAUCAAUCUUCGAGCAACAGCGUCACUGAUGACUCAGAUGAGGAGAUCUCCCCUGUCAAUAAUAUUGACCCUUCAUCGCUCCCUACUGAAUGCUUCUUUAAUUAUUUCCAUCACGGUUUCGAUGCCUUUAUCUCGUAUCCCACUGUCGUCGGCCCUGCUUUCCCGAGAUCUGAUUUGUCCGACUCAUCGCCUCCACCACCUUCUUCUCAACUCGUCGUCACUAAGAUCAUACUGCACGGAAAUAUUCCAGGCUCAUAUCCGUUUAACCGUCAUCGACGCAGUCGUUGGACGAUCAGUGUCGAUCCGGCAGGUGAUGUCGUGACGUCCGAGACCCCGUACGACGCGAUUUCUGAGAAGUUGAGGGAGGUCUGGAAAGGAUCUUAUGCAAGCACUGCGGAGGAGCGGGCCUUACAACGGCCCAUGGUGCUGAAUCGCGGUUGGGGGGACAGUCCUGAGAGUAGUGUCGAGUUCCUGGGUGGUUGGGAGGAAACUACUGCCAGAGGACACCGGAACGGUCAUGAUGGUCACGAUGGGGGCUUGGGUAAUACUGAAUUAUUCGGUUUCCCCGGGCUGCUAUUCGAAGUGAUGAAGAAUGGGGCUGUGAGCUGCUUGACCGUAUAUUGA